AUGGGGAUGCCAUACGGACCGAAUGAGGAGCAACAGCAAUUGCUAAUAGAACUGCGGCACUCACUCAGUCAAUCCAUUGAUGAAGAGUUUCCAGAUGCUCAACUGAUUCAAUUCCUAGAAGCCAAUGUGUGGGUUGUUAAUGAUGCCAAGCAACAAUUGAUAGAUACAGUCAACUGGCGUAGAAAAAUGGACACAGACCGCAUACCAGUGGCAACAAAGUACAACAAAUUACCUUUAAUAGUAGCGUGUCGAGGGUACAAACACAUUGAUGACGCUAAUUUCACUGUUCAACCUGAAUUAUCAGAAAGUGUGAUUCGCAUUGCAAACUGUAUCGGCGGCGAUUGUUUUCACAAAUUCGAUAAAGAGGGACAUCCAAUUUUAAUUGAUCGCACAGGCUAUCACAACACCAAAGAUAUGGGUAAUAAUGUCACUGCGGUUGAAAUCACCAAUUACCAAAUAUCAGCAAACGAAUUUUUGAACCGUGUGAUUAUGCCAGAGGGGUGUGAACGUGCUGGUAAGCCUAUUCAUAGUGAAACUGUCAUUUUUGACUGUACAAAUAUGAGUUUGUGGCAAUUUCAUAUGAGCGCCAUGUAUCACUUGAAGGCAAUUGCAGAAAUUGUGCAGCACUAUUACCCUGAAACACUACACCGUUUGUUUAUUGUAAAUGCGCCAUCCGCCUUUGUGGUCAUGUUUAAAGUGAUUAAACCAUGGCUGAAUCCAAGAACACUAGACAAGAUACACGUUCUUGGAAGCAAUUUCCAAUCGGUUCUACUAGACUACAUAGAAGCCGACGAUUUACCAGAGUUCCUGGGCGGGAACUGUACAUGUGAGCAUAUGCCCGGCGGGUGUGUGCCCAUUAUUUCACAAAAGUCCAAGGACAAGUUCAAGGCGACUAACAAAAAUGAAAAGGUACCCACUGUAUACAAUGCAGACGUUAUGGAAGCAGCUACUGUAGAUGAUGAACUGUGUUGUCUUGUGCCCAAUUCUGGUACAUCUUCUAUUUAUUGA